AGGACUUUUCCAUACCCAACAAAGCCGGAAAUUUGGAAAUGUGCGAACUUAGUCGUAAAGUGCACGUAGUAGUGAUGGGAUUUUAUAAUGGAGAUGCAGAUAAGAGAGGCUACUAUAUGGGAGCUGUCAUAUCGUUCUCCAACCAUUGGACGGCUUUCCCCGGCGUUGGCUCGACGGAUAAGAAACCUGGUUUUUCUCGUUACCAAACUCGAUUUUUCGUCCAGCCCACGUGUGCAGAUAAAAAUAUCAAAAAGAUGCUGUCGCACAGAUCAGCUAUACCGCGAUUACCGUGGCCAUAUGGUUCCAAUUCUUGCUGUGAAUGGCGCACAAAGUAUCGCCACAUCCUCCGGACCCUAUUUUUUCAUCCUAAAGACGAUGAAGAUUUUUGACAAUACAUAAGCCUGAUCACAGUGUUGUUUCCAAAGUACCAGACUAGAGACACUUCGCCUCACCAUCUUUUCUCAUAAUUCGCGAGCACGACCCUC